CUUCCGGUGACGUCACGCCUCAGUCUGUUUCUCGCUUUUGUGUUUUCCGGUCCCAAUCUGAGCAGUUCGUCGUCGUAAUGCCUGAUUAAACACGUCUUUAGCUAAAAACGGCGGGGGGGAACUACGCAACGCGGGGACAUUUUAACAACUAAUUUAUACGAUUCUGUUGAGAUUGUGCAAAAUUGUCGGGCCGUUGUCGCGAGACUGUUAGCCGCAUUUAGCUCUCCGGGCGAGGGUGUCAACAAGGGGGCCCGCGGCAGCGCCACCAUGGACGGCAGCGCCAGUGUGAGGAGAGCCCUGUGCGGGACUCUGGUGCCCGCCUCCCUCACUGCCGUCGCCCUCAGACCGGAGACCACAGACGCGGACGGGGGGAAGCCGCACAAAAAGGUCCUCAACGAGGAGGAUUACAUUGAGAACUUGGAGAAGAUAAUCCAGAGGGACUUCUUCCCAGACGUGACCAAACUGCAGGCUCAGAAGGAUUAUCUGGACGCAGAGGAGAGCGGAGACCUGGAGCGCAUGAGAGAAAUCUCUAUCCGCUACGGGAAGUCCAAAAACACACCCCAAUCCUCUGCACCCUACGUGACGCCGGCUAGCUUUGAGACGCCGGUGGGCCGCGCAGGAUCGCCUUCCAUCUCCAACAGAGGCGUAGAUGCCGAAAGCGUGGCGGGCGACAAGGCUGAGGAGAAGGAGCUGCCCUCGCUGGAUCGCUUCCUGGCAAAAAACACUAGCGAGGACAAUGCGUCGUUUGAGCAGAUCAUGGAGCUGGCCGAGGACAAGGAAAAGAUGAAGCAUGCGUGGUUGUACGAAGCCGAAGCCGAGUUCAAACAGCGUCAUGAGAACAACCUCGCCUUGCCACAAGCAGAGAAGGCCGCGCUUGAGUGUGUAAAAGCCGGCCUGGAAACGUGGGAAUAUAAAGCAAAGAAUGCUUUGAUGUAUUACCCAGAAGGUGUGAAAGACGACGAGGCGCUCUUCAAGAAGCCCCGCGAGGUGGUUCACAGGAACACGCGCUUCACCGGCGACCCGUUCAGCAAGACGCUGAACAAGAGUCAGAUUCAGCAGGCUGCAGCACUCAACGCACAGUUCAAGCAGGGUAAGGUGGGUCCAGAUGGCAAAGAGUUGAUUCCGCAUGAUUCUCCCACGGUGAACGGGUACGGCUUUGAACGGACGCCGUCCCCCGCCCCUGGUGUGGCCGAGUCACCGCUAAUGACGUGGGGAGAAAUCGAGAGCACGCCGUUUCGCUUGGACGGAUCCGACACGCCGUAUGCCGAGAGGAACCACGGCCCCUCGUUUAAGAUUCCCGAGCCGGGCAGACGAGAGCGACUGGGUUUGAAGAUGGCCAACGAAGCGGCCGCCAAAAAUCGGGCCAAAAAGCAGGAGGCGUUGAGGAAAGUCACAGAGAAUCUGGCCAGCCUGACCCCGAAAGGCCUGAGCCCAGCACUGACGCCGGCCCUGCAGCGUCUGGUCAACCGCACGUCCAGCAAGUACACCGACAAAGCUCUGCGGGCCAGCUACACGCCGUCACCCUCGCACCGCGCCGCCGGCUGCAAGUCGCCCUUCGGCGGGCCGGCCACGCCCUCGGCCACGCCCACGCCCGACAAGGCCAAGACGCCCGGCGCGCAGGACGAGUCGUCGCUCACCGACAAUCUGCUGCAGCUGCCCAAGAGGCGGAAAGCCUCGGACUUUUUCUAAAAGGACAUUUCGGUGGACUUUCAAUCGUGGACUAACUGCAAUGUCGAGAAUUCAUUUGCUACAUUUUUGUGUCGGAAGCUUCAGCAUUUUACAUUUAUUUAUUUGUGUUGUUCACGCAUACCAAAAUAGCAGCAGUACACACAUAUCCAAGAACUGUCAUCAAAAGUUGAGUCACAGGCGGAAAUAUCAGGUUUAACACUGUUUUCUAUGUUGCCUUUUGCCAGAUGUUCUUUUUAACAAUUGAAAUAUAAAAUGGGUCAAUGUUGGGACAGUGUUUUUGCUCCCUUUUUUUUUUUUUUUUUUUUUUUAAACCUAUUGUGUUAUUGGCUGAAAAUGUUUUAAGAUGUCAUAGUCCUGGAAAAGUAUUGCUUUUGUAGGGUCAAGGAACUAUUGAAAGUAAAAAGGGAUGAGAUUCUAUUGUAUGAGUCAGUCCAAAGUAAAAAACAAAAAAUAGUGCAUUGGCGCAAUCUAGCUGCAUCUACAAGGCAAUUAUAAACCUUUUUUGGGUAGAAUGUCCAGAAAAUGUAUUGUCACUUGUACUAAAAGAAAACAAACUUAUUUUUGGAAAAUAAAAAACUGAUCAAAGGUG